AUGCAAAAUGAACAUGAAGCCAAACAUAUUUUGAAAAACAAAAAGAAACUUUUACAAAACGUCUCUUUAAAAAACGUUUCCAUUAUCGACGAUAAGACUCCGAAUCAAAUAGAAUGCCUAAAAGAACUUCGAAUGGAACUGGAACAAAGAAAAUCGAAUGGAGAGGAAAAUUUAACCAUAAAAUAUAUACAAGGUUUUCAUAAUUGGCUAUGUUUCUAUACUAAUCUAGCUACUUUAAAUUCCAAAUUUAAUGAAUUAUUAUGCAACAUUCAAAACCUAAAUCCUCAAAUAAUUCUUAUUACUGAAACAUGGUUAACAUCAAAUGAUCUUGACUCUCUUUAUAACAUUGAUAAUUAUUCCCUUUAUAGGUGUGAUCGUCGUAAUCGACGUGGAGGAGGAACUUGUAUCUACUUGUCUUCAGAAAUUACUAAUAAUUUCUCUGUUACAUCUCUUGAUAUUACUGUCCCUAAUAUUGAACUUCUUGGCUUAAAAAUAUGUCAUAAAAACUCUUUUGUUAUUCACCUAGUAUGUGUUUAUCGGCCUGGUGAUUCUAGAUUAGCAGAUGAUGAUUCCCUUAUCGCAUCACUUGAUGAACUGUCCAGCCUAGAAAAUCUGAUUGUUAUUGGAGACUUUAAUUUUAGAGACAUUUCGUGGCCUAUAACUGAUCCACCUAGUGACUUAUCAACUUCCAAAAAUGUAUUUACAGAUUUUGUAUUAAAUUCUAACUUACAUCAAUUUAUAACGGAGCCGACUCGAUUUAGAAUUAAUAAUUUACCAUCUAUUUUGGACUUGGUAUUCUCUAAUGAUCCCCAUGUAUUGACACAUCCCCUAAUAAGCUCUCCAGUAGGUAACUCAGAUCAUGCAGUCAUAACGUUUCAUAUUCAGUUUAACUUACAGUACUGUACUCCUAAUGUUAAUAAAACGGUAUAUGAGAUAAUUGAUUUUGAAAAUGCAAAUCGCCAACUGGCUGAUAUUGAUUGGAAUGAUGUUUUCGGUGACAUAAGGGAUCCAGUUGUAUUCUGGGAUAAGUUCUUGCACGUUGUUAAUUUCUGCAAAAACCAAAAUACCGUCAAAAAAACCAUAUACAAAAAUAACAUAAAACCUUGGAUUAAUGGUGAAUUAAUAUAUCUGAUCAAGUAUAAAAGAAAGUUGUGGAACAAAUAUAGACGUACAAAUCGCAUAGAGGAUUUACUAAUUCAUCGAAACUUUGCCAGAGAUUUAAAGAAAUCUCUACAUGAAGCUCGUGUUGCCUACGAAGAGAGUAUAGCCAUUAGUAGUAACUGUAAAAAAUUGUACAAGUAUAUUCGAUCUUCGUUGACAACAAAAGUUUCUAUACCUUUACUGGAAAAAGAUAAUGGUGAUAUAUCCCAAAGUAACUAUGAGAAUGCCGAAGUCCUCGCCAGACCUACUCUUCAGAACCCAAUAUGUCCCCAUAACGAUCGAGUGACUGCACAUUUAGCAUACUUUGCUCCCCUACCAUUAUCUUUGCCCAUGCUUCACGAUUCAUUUUCAAACAAAUUAAGUCAAAACAUAACGUGA